AUGUCAACUCCUAAUACAUUGUCUUCCUCUCUACAAACAAAUACAACUCAAGCUGCUCUUACAGUUACAGCAUACCGACAAGAUUUAAUCAAUCGUAUUAAGAAAACACCAUCGUCCUCACCUCGACGCCUUCAUCUCCAGCUUAAUCUGCUUGACCUCGACGAGUUCAAAUUGAAGAACUAUCAUAACAAUGUGAUGAACAAACCAUUACCUGCCGGAACAAAAAUGAGAGAUGUUCUGAAAAGACAUGCUCGUUUCGUUGAACAUGUCAAAUUUCUCAAUGAGCAACAAACCACGGUUCGACAACAACUGUACACCGGAAUCCGUAACAAUCUGAUUCAGAAUUAUAUUAUUCGUGCCGCUCCUGCUGAGAUACGAUCUAAAAUCUUGGAAGGCCAAAAAUUGUACGGUCAACUUCAAGCUGAGAUAGCUCGUGGUCAAAAUGUCGCGAUAAAUCCUCAGCGCAUACACCAUCUACGCCUCUCCCUUCAAAGCUUAUAUCGACAAGCUGUUGACUCGCAACGUCAACGUCAACAAACUAGACGAUCGAAUGCUCCUUCUGUAGCCUCUAUUGAAAUUCCUCCUCCUCCAUAUGCAGCUAAUUAACAAUUGAUUGUUCUCGUCUAUACAAUAUAUAUAUUAGCUUAGAGCACUAAGCAUCUUCACCUCUGAAUUGUUUGAAAUUAUUUUGACCUUUUAGUCAGGGACUGUUUUUGGGAUAUAUCUAUUUUGUUAAUCCGUGAUUCAACAUCACGAUGAUCUCAUUUUUAAGUACCUUGUUUUAGAUGUACCAUU